CGGAUGGGAAGGAGGUGGUCAUACAAUUUACUUAAGUAAGGAAAACAUGCAACAUGCAGUUCCUUUCAUAGCAUUAUACAAUUAGAUAUGUUCCUAAUAAGGAUAGUCAAGGUUGUGAGCACGAUACCUCAAAUCUCAAUAAUACUGUACUUGGCGCGCGCCGCCACACCGCUGCCAGCCACACGCUCACACAACUCCAACUCCAUUUCGUGUCCUCACUAGCCCUAGCUUAUAUCUCAGCACUCCUCAGAAUCACACCUCUGCUGACUCACAACACACAACACACCAGUGUAAUUUGGAUGGCUGCAGGGUGAUGCUAUUGUGAGAUGUGUGAGCGUAUACCUUCGGCGGUGCAGGAUGAGGGCCGGGUGGCUGCUGGUGGCUAGGUGAAGCCCUCACAGCUGAUUCAGUGCACUGAGGGGCGUGUUCCGGUCACCACGCCAGCCAGGAUGGUGCCUACUAAUCUACUGCCUCUAUCGACCCUCUCCAUUCCCGUCCUCUAUAGAAAGAGAUAAGUUAGUACAAAGAUCAUCCUUGCAGUGGCAUCCUGGCAGACUUCCUGGCGCUACCUCCCGCCCUUCUCUGUCUAUAUUGCAAGCUUGUGUAGGAUGAUCCGCAGCACACUGCUGGCCAGGACACGCCAUUUCUGUAAAUAUGUGGCUGGAGAAGGGAGGAGACAUAUAGUGCUGAUAAACUGUGUCUGCCUUACUCUAUUCUUUAUCAAGGUUGCCCUCUUGGACUACAGCUGUGAUUAUAUGUCUCCUGCUGGUAUGCCUGUCAACUUGAGUGCCAUCCAUCUGAACCAGUAUCUGAUAGAGGAAGCGGACUUCUGUCACCGGCACUCCAACCUUAGCUUCAUUGUAUAUAUUCACUCUUCACUGGGGAAAGUUGAAAAGAGACAGGAGACCCGCCUGACCUGGGCAUCAGCUGGACUGUAUGACUCCAGUGUGAGGAUGGCCGUGGUGUUUAUGGUGGGCUUGGCAAAAACCAAGGAGGAAGAGAUCAUCCUGCGGGAGGAAAGCCAUCGUUAUCAGGACAUUGUGCAGGGUAAUUACACUGACACUUACCACAUGCUGAGCUACAAGGGCCUGGCAUCCCUCAACUGGGUCACAAAGCACUGCUCCCAUGUGCCCUGGACCAUACAUGCAGAUGAUGAUGUCCUCAUUGAUAUAUUUCUCCUUAAAAAGUUCUUAGAAAACAAUGGUACUCAGAAUAGUCUUUUCUGUUACCCCUGGGAGAACUCCCCCGUGAGGAGGUAUGGGAAGUGGUGUGUGCGGCAGAAUGAAUACGAAGACAACAUAUAUCCCACCUACUGUGCGGGCGGAGCGUGGGUUGUAGCAACGUCUUUGGCACCCAAACUCCUGGAGGCGGCCACUAGGGUUCCGGUGCUGUGGGUGGAUGACGUGUACCUCACCGGCAUACUGUCCAAGAAUGCCGGAAUCCCAGUGGCUGGUGACUUGAGAAAUAGUGUUAGGAGGAAUGGUAUUGAUAAAGGAGACUUAGGAAAGACAAUGAUAUGGUUUGAAACAAGAAAACCAAGAACAAUAUGGUGGUAUAAGUUAUUAAGUUUUCACAGUUAUGUGCCAACAAUAGACAUUUAAUUAAAUGUAUUUGUAUAUACUUUAUGUAUGGAAGUACAACUAACUUAUUUUACCCUCUUCUUGCCAGUAUUUUAAAUCGACUUCAAAGUACAUAUUGUGUGCAUUUAUGGGAUUACUACGGUGUAACAUUAAAAUAUUUUUUUAAA